AUGGUGUGUUUGAAUUAUUUCGGGCUCCGGCAAACGCCUUGGACGAUCCUGGUCCUCAUAUUCUUCAUUGAAAGCGUCAUGGGGAACUACGCUAAAUCUUUCUACAUACAUUGGAACACAACGAACAGCAUAUUUCGAAUAGACAACACAGAUCACGUAUUCGAUCUAAAUAAAGGGAACGCGCAGUUCGAAUACGACCAAGUGAAUAUUAUAUGUCCCGUUUACGCCCCUGGGACUUACGAGGAAGACACCGAGAAAUAUAUAAUAUAUAAUGUCAGUAAAGAGGAAUACGAUACGUGUAGAAUUACUAAUCCAAAUCCGCGUAUUAUAGCUAUAUGCGAUAAGCCUCAUAAGCUGAUGUUCUUCACUAUAACGUUUAGACCAUUCACUCCGCAACCUGGGGGGUUAGAGUUCCUUCCCGGGAAGGAUUAUUACUUUAUAUCGACUUCUAGUAAGGACGACUUGCAUAGAAGAAUCGGUGGACGAUGUUUGAGUCACAAUAUGAAAUUGGUCUUUCGUGUAUGCUGCAAGCCGGAAGACCAAUCGCCUGCACCUCCACCGCAGCCAACUCUCCCCCCGCCACCGCCUCCACCCCCAACAACAACAACGACCACCACGACGACAACAACAAUGAAACCUGUGACGAAAAAGACGCACAAAUACGACAAGGCGCAAAACGAAGUUGUGAAGAGUGAAGAGCUAAGUUAUUCGAGAGGUGCUGCGCUCGCGUCUUCGCUCGCUCUUGCUUUGGCCGCGACCGCUGUGCUCGCUCCACUCGCUCGGUGA